AUGGCGGCAGGCAAGAUGGCGGCGCCCGUAGAGUUCGCGGCGGAUUUGUGUAUACACGAUAUAUUACAAUAUAUUUCAAGUAAUAUAUUGGUAAAUAUAUUUUUCUUUCAUAAGGGCUUCCCACUGCUGUUCUCCCUGCACACAAAUGACUGCACUGCUAAAGAUCCUUCAGUCAAACUCCUGAAGAUUGCAGAUGACACUACAGUCAUCUGCCUCAUCCACAAUGGUUUAAUCCAAGCAUGCCGUGCAUUAAUGAUCACAUCCAUUGUGCUAGGUGCAUUCGGGCUGGUGGCAACUCUAGUGGGUAUGCAAUGUUCCAAGAUAGGAGGGGAGAAUUACAUAAUGAAGGGUCGUAUCGCUGGGGCUGGAGGGGUCUUCUUCAUACUGCAAGGUCUGUGCACGAUGAUUGCAGUGUCUUGGUAUGCUUUCAAUAUCACUCAGGAAUUCUUUGACCCACUUUAUCCAGGAAUAAAGUAUGAAAUCGGAGAAGGGCUGUACAUUGGUUGGAGUUCAGCUAUAAUGGCUUUAUGUGGCGGCAGCUGUUUGCUGUUUUCCUGUGGACUGUGCAGCCGAGAGGAAAAAAAAUCACAUCUUCAGAACUUCAGAUCAUGCUCCUACCAGGCUCAAUCCAGACAUAUGGUUCAAACCGCCUCUACAAUAUCCCGUGUCCCUUCCAGCCAAUAUAGACUGAAUGCAUAUGUUUAAUGCUGGGAACACAUUACACCAUUUUUAAAUUCAUUGGAACGCUGCUUUUCUCAGACUACAUGACUAUCUGGGGUACAAUUUAGGUGCUAUACUUUUUGAAACAAAGAAUCGCCGACAUCACUGUCUGAACUACCAAACAUACUGGAGAAGUGAUACAGAAAAAAAAAGAAUAUAAAGGUUAGAACUGUUGCUUGCUGAAGCCAUGGCUCUCCCACCCUUGCCCUUUCCCUUAUCUUGGCUGUAGGUUGUUGCCAAAAUUGUGCAGUAUUUAGCUGGCAUAAGGAAGGUAAUAAAUACAUGGGAUCAACAAAGUCAAGUUACAGACAUCACAAAACAGAACACAAUGCAAUACCUUUUCUAUGCAGUAUGGUCAGAAUCUGUUGUAAAGCAGAUGUCACAUUUCUUUUGUAAACAGUCUUAAGUUUACUGGAGAAUGGAACCAUGCACAGUGGGUAAGUCUACACCCCUGUUAAAA